AUGCUAUAUAACUUGGUUUUAUUACUAGCCUGUGUCAGUGCCAAGAAAAAAUACAACGUAAUCGUUGAGUCAACUCAAAUUCAAAUGGCAGAUGUGGACAGUGGCGUACUAGCUGUUCUUGAUAAAGAGGACUUGGUGCUCACGACCACUAAAUUUGGAUAUACCCUUGAGCUUUCCGAUAAAACUGCUAAGAAAUUGAAAAACCAUCCAAAAGUUAAGUAUUUCGAGGAGGACAAAGAAGUUAGAAUAGCUAGCUUUCUAGUAAACGAUGUGGCAACACCGUACCACUCAAACUCCUAUGUUACCACUUUUGUCUUUCAGAAGAACUCUCCUUGGGGACUAAGCCGUAUCUCAGGUCAUGUUGACACAUAUGAGUAUAUUAAGGGUGGUGGAAAGGACGUUAUCGUGUAUGUCUUGGAUACUGGCGUAGAUGAAAGCCACCCUGAAUUUGGAGGAAGGGCCAAACUAAAGUACAAUGUGGUUAAUGGGAGUCCUAAUACUGAUGAACAGGGGCAUGGCACCCAUUGUGCGGGUGUAAUUGGAUCCAAAACAUUUGGUGUGGCCAAGGAUGUCAACAUUGUUGGAGUGAAGGUGCUAGAUCGCCAUGGAGCAGGAUCCAUUUCUCGAUUGGUAGAGGGCAUUGAUUUUGUGGUUGAUGAUUAUCUGGAUGAGGUUAGCAUGUUUUUAAAUGGAGAAAGUAAGUAUUCCAAAAAGCCUAGCGGUGUGGUAAGUAUGAGUAUUGGAGGGGAGAAGAGCGAAAUUCUAAACUAUUUAAUUAGAAGUGUGUCCGAGAAGUAUGGUGUUCAUUUCUCCACUGCAGCAGGAAAUGAGCAUAAAGAUGCCUGCAAGUACUCACCUUCUUCAUCAUCUACGUCUCUAACUGUUGGUGCAUCUGAUGUAAUGAACCAAGUGGCGAAAUUCAGUAAUAAUGGCGAAUGUGUAGAUCUAUAUGCACCUGGUGUUGAUAUUGAGAGUACCUGGCCUGGUAAUCAAACACGAAUAGCAUCAGGAACCAGUAUGGCCACACCCCACGUUGCUGGUAUAAUGGCAGUAUAUCUUGGACUGGUGGAUUUUACACCGGAGGACCUAAAAAAGAGAAUAUGGCUAGACUCGGAGAGUGUGAUUGUUAGUGAGCAGUUUUGGAGCAUAUUCUCCGGUAGACAGCGACUAGCCAGUCUGACACAGUUGUACGAUCGUCUAAAAACUCACAAAACAGGGUAA